UAUAGUAAUGCCAUCUUGAUAAUGGUACCUGUUGAAAGAUGACUUUCGACAGUUAGUUCUGUAUUUUAGAGGUUGUGGGUAGUAUUUGUGCGUAAACUAGCUGAGGUGUCAGUACAUGUUCGCUUAGGAUGGCAAAGUAUUUUAAAGCGUUGCAUCCACGUUUAUUAAGAGGAAGUUUCAGGAUACAGCAAAGAUGUAUGUCUAAAUACUACCCUAUUGACGAAAAUGUUUACGGCCUUAAUGCAGAACAGAGAGAGCUUCGCCAGACUGUCUUUAAUUUUGUCCAGAAGGAACUUGCACCGAAGGCUGCAGAAAUUGACAAGAAAAAUGAAUUUUCUGAAAUGAGGGAAUUUUGGAAGAAGCUUGGUGACCUUGGAAUGCUGGGUAUGACAGUCCCUACAGAAUUUGGAGGAUCUGACCUGGGAUACUUAAAUCAUGUUGUAGUUAUGGAAGAAAUAUCACGUGGGAGUGCAGCAGUUGCUCUUAGUUAUGGGGCACAUUCGAAUCUUUGUGUUAACCAAAUCAACAAAAAUGGUACACAAGAACAGAAAGCAAAAUAUCUUCCUAAGCUGUGUUCAGGGGAGCACAUAGGUGCCCUAGCAAUGUCUGAACCUGGCUCAGGGUCUGAUGUGGUGUCUAUGAAGCUUCAGGCUGUGAAGAAGGGAGACUAUUACGUUUUAAAUGGCAAUAAAUUCUGGAUUACAAAUGGACCAGAAGCAGAUGUGCUAGUGGUAUAUGCCCGUACUGAUCCAAAUGCGGCAAAGCCACAACAUGGCAUAUCAGCAUUUAUUGUGGAGCGAGGUAUGGAGGGUUUCCGUACAGCACAGAAGCUGGACAAACUUGGCAUGCGUGGUUCUCCAACAGGGGAAUUGAUUUUUGAGGACUGCAAGGUUCCUGCUAGCUCAAUGCUAGGAAAACUGAAUGGUGGCAUCUAUGUCUUGUUUAGUGGACUGGAUCUUGAGCGACUUGUUCUUGCGGCUGGUCCUGUUGGAAUAAUGCAAGCUUGUUGUGACAUUGCAUUUGAGUACUUGCAUGAGAGAAAGCAGUUUGGGCAGAGAAUUGGAGAAUUCCAGCUUAUGCAGGCCAAGAUUGCAGACAUGUAUACUUCCCUCAGUGCCUGUCGCAGUUACGUGUACAAUGUGGCUCGCGCUUGCGAUAGUGGCAGUGUCAACAGAAAAGAUUGUGCUGGUGUAAUUCUCUACUGCAGUGAAGCUGCUACACGUGUUGCACUUGAUGCAAUUCAGUGUCUUGGUGGAAAUGGAUAUAUAAAUGACUAUCCAACUGGCCGUCUUCUGAGGGAUGCAAAGCUGUAUGAGAUAGGAGCGGGCACUACUGAAAUCAGAAAACUUGUGAUUGGCAGAGCUAUCAAUGCUGAAUACAAAUAACAGACAAGCCGUAUAACCAUAUCGAAUUGUGCUUUUUAUCUGUGGUGGUUUUUCAAUUAAGAAUUUGUACAAAUUUAUUUUAUAUGCCGUGUAUAUUUUUAUCAUUUACUGUAUCUUGACAAUAAGUUGUGAUAUAUGGAACCAUAAAAAUCUUCUCUUUA